GAGAGACGAGGGUAGCGGAGGAGGCGAGGAGUGCCGGGUACCGGGCCGGGGGAGCCGCGGGCUCUCGGGGAAGACACGGAUGAUGAACAAGCUUUACAUCGGGAACCUGAGCCCCGCCGUCACCGCCGACGACCUCCGGCAGCUCUUCGGGGACAGGAAGCUGCCCCUGGCGGGACAGGUCCUGCUGAAGUCCGGCUACGCCUUCGUGGACUACCCGGACCAGAACUGGGCCAUCCGCGCCAUCGAGACCCUCUCGGGUAAAGUGGAAUUGCAUGGGAAAAUCAUGGAAGUUGAUUACUCAGUCUCUAAAAAGCUCAGGAGCAGAAAAAUUCAGAUUAGAAACAUCCCUCCUCACCUGCAGUGGGAGGUCUUGGAUGGACUUUUGGCUCAGUAUGGGACAGUGGAGAAUGUCGAACAAGUCAACACAGACACAGAAACUGCCGUUGUCAACGUCACAUAUUCAACAAGAGAAGAAGCAAAAACAGCCAUCGAGAAGCUGAGCGGGCAUCAGUUUGAGAACUAUUCCUUCAAGAUCUCCUACAUCCCGGAUGAAGAGGUGAGCUCCCCUCCGCCCCCUCAGCGAGCCCAGCGUGGGGACCACUCUUCCAGGGAGCAAGGCCACGCCCCUGGGGGCUCUUCUCAGGCCAGACAGAUUGAUUUCCCGCUUCGGAUCCUGGUCCCCACCCAGUUUGUUGGUGCCAUCAUCGGAAAGGAGGGCUUGACCAUAAAGAACAUCACUAAGCAGACCCAGUCCCGGGUAGACAUCCACAGGAAGGAGAACUCUGGGGCCGCGGAGAAGCCCGUCACCAUCCACGCCACCCCAGAGGGCACCUCGGAAGCGUGCCGCAUGAUUCUUGAAAUCAUGCAUAAGGAGGCCGAUGAGACCAAAAUCAGUUUGAAUAUAUCAUCCCACUCCCUCCUGGCCUGCAAAAUUUCUGCCGAGAAAUCCACCGAUAACAUGGAAACUCCUAGAACUGAAGAGAUUCCUCUGAAAAUCUUGGCCCACAAUGGCUUGGUUGGAAGACUUAUUGGAAAAGAAGGCAGAAAUUUGAAGAAAAUUGAACAUGAAACUGGGACCAAGAUAACAAUUUCAUCCUUGCAGGAUUUGAGCAUAUACAACCCUGAAAGAACCAUCACUGUGAAGGGAACAGUCGAGGCCUGUGCCAGUGCUGAGAUGGAGAUUAUGAAGAAGCUACGUGAGGCCUUUGAAAAUGACAUGCUGGCUGUAAAUCAACAAGCCAACCUGAUCCCGGGGUUGAACCUCAGCGCACUUGGCAUCUUUUCAACAGGAUUAUCUGUGCUGCCUCCACCCGCGGGGCCCCGAGGACCUCCCCCUCCUCCUCCCUACCACCCGUUCGCUAGCCACUCCGGAUACUUCUCCAGCCUGUACCCCCCUCACCAGUUCAGCCCGUUCCCGCAUCAUCACUCCUACCCGGAGCAGGAGAUUGUGAAUCUCUUCAUCCCGACCCAGGCCGUGGGGGCCAUCAUUGGGAAGAAGGGCGCGCACAUCAAGCAGCUGGCUCGGUUUGCGGGCGCCUCCAUCAAGAUUGCCCCAGCGGAAGGCCCCGACGUCAGCGAAAGGAUGGUCAUCAUCACCGGACCACCAGAAGCCCAGUUCAAGGCUCAGGGGCGGAUCUUUGGGAAACUGAAAGAAGAAAACUUCUUUAACCCCAAAGAGGAGGUGAAGCUGGAAGCCCACAUCAGAGUGCCCUCUUCCACUGCUGGCCGGGUGAUCGGCAAGGGCGGCAAAACCGUGAAUGAACUGCAGAACCUAACCAGCGCAGAAGUCAUCGUGCCUCGUGACCAAACGCCGGAUGAAAACGAGGAAGUGAUCGUCAGAAUUAUUGGGCACUUCUUUGCGAGCCAGACCGCACAGCGCAAGAUCAGGGAAAUCGUACAACAGGUGAAGCAGCAGGAGCAGAAAUACCCUCAGGGAGUCGCCUCACAGCGCAGCAAGUGAGGCUCCCACAGGCACCAGCAAAACAACGGAUGAAUGUAGCCCUUCCAACACCUGACACCACGAGACCAAACACAGCCAGCCAGAUCGGGAGCAAACCAAAGACCAUCCUGAGGAAUGAGAAGUCUGCGGAGGCACGAGGGCUCUGCAGAGGCCCUGAGGACCUGGUGGCCAGGAGAGGAGGCGGGGGGGGGGGGGCCGGCGGCUCACGGCCCAGCCUCCUGCCUCCCCGGGCCUCUGCAGGCUGCCCAGCUAUCCACUUCACCGCCCACUCGGAUCUCUCCGUAACCCCACCACGCUAUCCCUUUUAGUUGAACUAACAUAGGUGAAGGUGUUCAAAGCAAAGCAAAAUUCACUUUCCUUUUGUGGAAAAUUGUCUCUGUACAUGUGUGUACAUAUUAGAAGGGGAAAGAUGUUAAGAUAUGUGGCCUGUGGGUUACACAGGGUGCCUGCGGCGUUAAUAUAUUUUAGAAAUAAUAUAUCAAAUAACUCAACUAACUACAAUUCUUAAUCAAGUAUUAAUUUUUUUUCUUUUUAAAGAGAAAUCAGGCUUUUCUAGACGUUAAAGAAUCAAGUCAUUCUUUGGGAGGUCUAAUGGUUUAGUAAGGAGCUUCAAGGCCACCCACACAAAUCCACCCAGAGGGAAAUCUGGUCAGGACACUCGCGGCAGCUCCGGGUCACCUGUGUAUGUCAACAGAAGGGAUACCGUCUUCAUCCCUGUCGAGCUCACACCCAUUUCUCUUUGCUUCACGGGUUUUAAACUGGUUUUUGCAUACCGCUCUAUAAGUCUGUCUCUGUUUAUCUCUCCCGUCCAUCUCCCUCCCGUCCUCCUCCACACCCAUCCUUUUAGCCCCCACACCCCUCUGCCUCAGUCCCACUCUCUAUGCACCCCCAGGCAAAGCAGUGCUCUGAGUAUCACAUCACACAGAAGGAGCAAAAGCAAACACACAAACCAGCCUCAACUGACACUUGAACAGAACAAGAGUCAAUGGUACUUGUCCUAGCUUUUCGGAAGAGGAAACAGGAACCCAUCGAACCAACCAAAACAAAGAAAAACCCCCGCAAAGAAAGAGUAUAUUUUGUCUUUUUUAUAUUUUGGUGUAUAAGCCAUCCAUUUUCAGCAAAAUGAUUUCUUUCUUUUGAAAAAAAAAUGUGGAAGAAAAUAGCAAUUUACAUGAGGUCGUUGGCCCAGGGCGUUAAAUUUACAGAUUUUUUUUAAAAGAGAAAAACACACAAAAAAAGCUACCUCAGGUGUUUUUUACCUCAGCACCUUGCUCUUGUGUUUCCCUUAGAGAUUUUGUAAAACUGAUAGGAGCAUUUUUUUAUUUUUUUAAUAAAAAUGAGUUGGAAAAAAAAAAUACAAUAUCAGCUGCCAGCCCGGAGAAGGUGACAGUCCAAGUGUGCACCACCCGCUGGGCGUCGCCUUCCGCCAGCCAGGAGCCCACGCGGCCUUCUUUUGGACAAACCUUGAAAACGUUUAUUAAAAAAGAAAGAUGACCAAGGGACACAGAGAAGAUGUUGGAGAUGUCCUGAAUCUCACUAGGGUACGUGCCAGUAGGGCUUUUGCUCUAAAGGAUGGACAUGUACUGGUUUCUGUGAACAAGCCAUUUUACCAUCAGACUGCAAUGCCAGUUUCCUCUACUGCAAACAGUGUUCUGUGACAAAAACAAAACAAACAAAAAAAGAGAAAUAUAUCCAGCUAACAAGA